AAGAUUAUAACGGUGUCGGACCAGUGUGCUGGCAAUAUUGUCCAGACACUCAACCACUUGCCUGUUUGGCAGGAUGUGCAAAGACGGAAAAAGAUUGUAAAACAGCUGUUAUAAAUAUGAUACAAUCCGUUGCUGGUGCCUCUCUCAAUUUGCUACAAAUUGUGCUUGGUACCCCAUUAUUCAAUUUGUUUGCGGUUGAUAUUAUGGCAAAUGCUGUAAAAGAAGAUUGGUCAACAGUGGCCAAAGACAUAGGCAGAAUUGCUUUGUCAUUUGUUGACAAAAUUUUGCCAGAAUUGAUAAAAACAUUUAGUGACUGGGAUUUUAACACACUUCAAUCAGCAACAAAAAAUGCAAGUUUAUUAUUGACAGUCGCGGCGUUCAAAAACACUAGCAGUCUAACACCGUUCAUCCAAUUUUUUAAAAUUGAUAGUUUGAUAAGUGCGUUUAAUCACGGAUUGUGUGAUUUAAAAGAGGAUAUUAAUGAUUUUGUGUAA